AUGCGCGACGAUUCGAGACUGAUAAUUAUCAGUCUCAUCGUUGCUGGAGUUAAACGACCACUUCGAGCGUUGUUAGAUUCGGGUGCAUCCAACAACUUCUUUCGAGCAUCAUGUUUGUCCCUUCUCCCGUCGACAGUUACGGUUCGAGAAGGUCCAGGUGACAUCGUUGUCAAACUUGCUGAUGGACAACCACAGCGUGUCCCGCGUAAAACAGUGGUUUUGCCGUACACGUUCGACGGCUUCCAAAGUAAUGACGAAUUUUUGGUGUACGAGAUGAAUUAUGCAUUCGAUUGCAUCUUGGGGAUACCGUGGCUGUCACAAUAUCAGCCGACGAUAGACUGGCUAUCUCGGUCCGUCAAACGACGAAGCGGUUACGACGUAAGUGAAGUUUUCACUCAUCUGUUGGUAGCGCCAUCCGAUUGGCCUCACGUCAGGGUCGUGAACGAACUCGCCACGACUAGAAGUCAGCACAGAGAGAGCGAUGGACCUCUGUGUCCGGUAUGUUCAGUCACACUGAUAGAACCACAACACGAGGCGGUCGAACAGAGGUUCCCGCAAACCCAGACAUCGGUCGAGCAGGGGCUCCCGAUUCACAACGAUACGGUCGAACAGAGGUUCCCGCAAACACAGACAUCGGUCGAGCAGGGGCUCCUGAUUCACAACGAGGCGGUCGAACAGGGGUUCCCGCACACACGGACAUCGGUCGAGCAGGUGCUCCCGAUUCACAACGAGGCGGUCGAACAGGGGUUCCCGCACACACGGACAUCGGUCGAGCAGGGGCUCCCGAUUCACAACGAGGCGGUCGAGCAGGGGCUCCCGCAUACACACACAACGGCCGAGCAGAGGCUCCCGAUUGUAACCGAGGUGGUCGAGCAGAGGCUCCCACAUACAUCUGAGGCGGUCGACGACGAGCUCCCGCCUCUUAUCGACGAGAAUGAACGGGCUGUGGACUUAAAUGUGAACGACGUGGUGGAGACAGAGCUCCCACGUCUAGCGGGGGGUACUUCAUCCUCCAGCGACAGCGACGUUCCAGCCUCGAGCAGUGGCUCAAGACGCAAGAGAAAGCAUAAACGCAAGAAAGGUGCACGCCGAUCACCAAGACGACGAAAUUCUCGCUCAAGCGCCGUUGACGAUGAUACUGUAUUGACGGAAUCCGUUUGUGCGCUUGAAUAUGUGGAAGGGUCUUCACAUCGUGGCCGCUACGUUGAGGUAGCGAGCCCUCCGUGCACUGUUGCAGAGAUCACAUCUCUAUUAACCCUACCAUGGAAAGAUUUUCUUCACGACUUCAAGGCCGGCGACAUCGAGCAAGUGUGCAUCAUAUCAGCCGCCGAAGCAGCUAGUGGAGAAGUUCUGGAGGCUCGCCCAAAGAGCGCUGAGCCCAAAUCAGUGCGCGAAGAACGUUUCGUGGCACAGUCUUGGGAAGCCCUUAGUGCUUCGGGCAACCCUGUCUAUGAUAUCGCGCGUGAGUAUGCCGACAUCUUUCCGGAGAAUAUCCCCGCUGAGCUUCCAGCGGAUCGUGGUGUGCGACACGAGAUCGAUCUCGUGCCAGGAUCGAAGUAUUGCGUGACGCGGCAGUGGCCGCUACCGCGUGACCAAGUCAUCGCAAUUGAUGAAUUUUUUGAGGGCCGCCGUAAGGCAGGACACGUCCGCGAAAGCAUAUCGCCACAUUCGAGUCCGACUUUCUGUGUGAAGAAAGCCACCGGCGGUUGGCGCAUCGUGCAUGCUUUUAACAAGUUGAAUGACGCCACGAUCCCGGCUCAAACACCAAUUCCUCGGAAAGACAUGGUACUGGAUACCAUGUCCGGCAGCGAGAUUUUUAGCGCCAUAGACCUGACAGACGGGUUUUACCAGAUUUUAAUGAGGGACAGUGAUAUCCCGUUCACCGCUGUCAGCACACCGAGUGGGAUGCUUUGGGAGUGGCUAGUUAUGCCACAAGGCCUUAAGAACGCUCCAGCAACGUUCAACCGGAUGGUGACACAAGUGCUUCGGCCACUACGUGAUUUCGCUCCAAGUUAUUUCGACGACAUUUUUGUUCACAGCCGCGCUGAGCAACAACUCAGCGCUACGGAGGUCCACCUUCGGCAUUUGAAACAGGUGUUCCAAGUGAUGCGCGAGAACAAACUGUACGCAAAUUUGAAGAAGUGUGUCUUCUGUGCUCCCGAGAUUCCAGUUCUUGGAUGCUAUGUUAGCAAGGAGGGUGUCCGUGCUGAUCCCGAGAAAGUGUCAUCGAUGUGUUCCUGGCCUACGCCCAGGAACCAAACGGAACUACGCCAAUGGCUUGGCUUGGCCAAUUACUUGCAUAAGUAUACGAAGAACUAUGCAGAACUAAUCCAGCCACUAUCGACUCUACUGAAGAAAGACGCAGUUUGGUCAUGGAAAGCUGAACAUCACUCUGCCUUCAACUCUGUGAAAAAGAGCUUGUCUGAAGCACCAGUGCUGAUGUUGCCUGAUGAUUCCAAGCCAUUUCACGUCGUCUGUGAUGCGAGUAAUUUCGCUAUUGGAUGUGCCCUCAUGCAGUUUGACGAUGAGGGCCGAGAGCGCGUCGUGAGCUUUCAGUCACGACAGAUGAAACCCGCAGAGCGGAACUAUCCGGUACAUGACAAGGAACUUUUGGCUAUGCGUUACGCGCUGAUCAAGUUCAGAGUAUAUUUGCUCGGCGAGAAGAUGUUUUCGGUCUAUACAGAUCACGCAUCAUUGCGUACCGCCGUCAAGACUCCCCCACUUGUCCCAGCGUAUGGCACGUUGGUUGUCAUACUUCUCAGAGUAUAA